GAGGAGCAGCCGCAGCAGCAGUAGUAUAAAUAAAUAGCGAAGCAGCGAAAAGAAGUGUUGCAGCUAUUUUGCGUUUGAUUGUUCGCAUCGCAUUGUAAUCAAGUUUCAUGCAAUAAGAAUAUAUCAAAGUGAAAAUCAAAUUUUCCAAAUCGAAAAGCCUCCUCGACUGGGUGGCAACACGACUGCCACUGUGUGCGUGUGUAUAUGUCUGUGUGUGUGUGAGUGUGCCGCGUGUGACUGUGUGUGUGUGUGAGUGCUCCGAGUUAGUGUUGAGGCGUUCCGUUCGCUCGAAAAAAGAAAAAAUAAAUAUAUUUUAAAGCAAACCGACUGUGUCUUUGUGUCGAAUUUCCGGAUAAAUUCAACAUACGUUACCAUGGAAUAUUACUUAGGAGGAUAUGUCUUAAUGAAUGGAGAUGCAGUCAAGAUCCAACCGCCGGUCUACGCCAAUGUUCCUGUCGAAACGGCAAUGUUAGCUACCAACUUGUUCGGCACCACAGCACAGAUCGCAGCCCCAAACGCAGCAGCCCACAUACCAUUGAUCACAGCCGCCCCAACAGCUGCUGCCCCCGCUCCAGUCGCAGCCGUGGCAGCGCCACAGACCGCUCCGCUUUCACAUCAGCAUCCACAGCAGGUUCAGGUUCAGGUGCAGCAACAGCAGCAGCAACCGCAUCCACACCAGCAGCAGAUUAUUGCUCAUACACACGCCCACCAACAACACCAGCAGCAGCAGCAGCAACAGUCUCCUCAGACCAUUCAGGCUCAUCCCGCACAGCAUUUGCAAUACGGACAUCCGCCUCCGCCGCCACAGGCACAGGGCGUGGCUAACUCCGCAGUGAUUGUAGGAGGAGGAGGAGGAAGCGCUGCCGGUGCCGGUGCCGCUGCUGAGAGCAUCGAUAAUCCAGAAUUCGCCAUCAUGAAUGGGGCAAUUGGCCAGACCCAAGAUGGCACCGUCGUCUGCUACACAACCGAUGCUCUGGUACCUGGUGUUAAUAAUACGAAUUUAGUUGCAAUCGAGCCGCAACCCCAACACAUUGUAGUGCCGGUUCAGGUUCCUGUUCCAGUUUCCGUUCAGCUACCGGUCACAGUGCCUGCCAAUGGACCGCUGCCCACCCAGAACCCAGAGCUGCAGCAGCAGCAACAGCCACAGCAGGGUAGCAACCCCAAUGCCGCAGCCGGAGACGAUCCGAAUCUACCGAUAGACAAGCUCAAGCAGAUGUUGGCUACUCAGCUUGAGUACUACUUUUCCAGAGAGAAUCUGGCCAACGAUUCUUACCUGCUGUCGCAGAUGGACAGCGACCAAUAUGUGCCCAUAUGGACUGUGGCCAGAUUUAAUCUUGUUAGGAAACUAAGCAAGGACAUCAAACUUAUUACGGAGGUGCUGCGUGAGUCGCCCAACGUUCAGGUGGAUGACGAGGGUCUGCGCGUGCGUCCCAAUCGCAAGCGUUGCAUCAUCAUAUUGCGCGAGAUAUCCAACAACACUCCCCUCGAUGACGUCAAGGCUCUUUUCAGCAACGAGAACUGCCCGAGGCCGAUCUCCUGCGAGUUUGCUGCCAACAAUUCGUGGUACAUCACAUUCGAGUCGGACGAGGAUGCGCAAAAGGCCUUUAAGUAUCUGCGCGAGGAGAUCAAGGAGUUUCAGGGCAAGCCCAUUAUGGCGCGCAUUAAGCCCAAAUCGUUUAUCAAUAGAAUACAAGCUGUACCAAAUAUUAAGAACGGCUACCGUCUCACAUCGCCACCGACUGCCGCAGUUUAUGAUCCUUCCGGUGCUGGGGCUGCCGCUGUCAGCUAUACGACCGCCCCACAGCGAUACUUGUAUACCACCAAUGGGACAGUCCUUGGCCCCGCCUCAGUUCCCUACAAUAAUCAGGUAGUGAUUCCGAUUCAACAGAAUCAAUUCUAUCCCGGCUUGAUGGCUGGUCCAUGGCCACCCGGCACUGUGACCGCUGCCGGCCACGGCCAGAACUUCUAUGAGAUUGGUGGCAACAUCUAUGCCACCAAUCCGUUGGCUCCGCAGGCUGUAGCCAGCUUCGCAGCCGCACCUCCACCCACCGCACAAACGAUUGUCACAUCCAAACCGCAGGGUGGUGGCGGUGGCCGCUACAACAACAAUAAUCACCGUGGCAAUCCCAACAAUAUGGGCGGUGGUGGCAACUCGGGACCACGCGGUGAGCCCCGAAACAAACCCCCGCGCAACACACAGACUCCAUCCCAUAUCCAGAGCGGCAGCAUUGUGCCCAUCCAGCUAGCGGGAGGCAUUCCCGGCGGCAUGGUGAGCGUGGUGCCCGCCAAUAUUGUGGAUCCCCUACAACAGGCUUCGCUGCAGCAGGCCCAGCAACAGCCGGUUCACCAGCAGCUACAGCAGCAGCCGACAAGUUCCGCCCAUGUCCAAGUCCAACAGCAGCAGCAGCAGCAGGCAACGGGGCAGGUGAACAACUCCAAUCGCCACUAUAAUACAAUAAAGAGUAAUAAUUGGAAGGGUGGAAUGCAGAAGAACCUGGACAAAAGCUAUGGCGGUGCGGUGGCCACUCACCACCACUACAGCACCCAGGCCCAGGGUCUGUCCACACAUGGCCACCAUCUCCAGGCCCAGCAGCAACAGCAGCAACAACAACAGGGACAGGGACAAUCACAACAGCAGCACUAUCAUUUGGCUUCCUCUAGCGGCGCGAGCACACCUCAGGUAUCUUAUGCCAGUGCUCAGGCUACGGCUACCUUGACGCUGGCCCCGCAGCCCAGCCAACACCAACAUCAUCUGGUGGCCCAUCAUGCCGCCCAGCAACAGACGCAGCAGCAGCAGCAGCCGCCGCAGCAUCAGCAGCAAGUUGAGCUGCAGGAGGCGGGAGAGAACGUGGAGCAUGGUUCGCAUGGGAUGCAACAGGUAAAUCGCAGCAGCAACAUGUCGGCCAGCUCCUCCUCGUCGAUGGCCACAUCAAUCAGCAAGGAGCCGCUGCAAUGGCAGACGCGUCCACGUCGUCGUCGUCGCGAUGAGGAGGGCGGUACUAUCAAUUAUUCUCCAAGCGGUCGAGUGGGGCUCUUUGGCACCUCACCCUCCGCGCCGCAUCAGCAGCAACAGCAGAUGAUUUCAUCGUCUUCGUCUUCCGCCAGCAAUGUGCAGUCGGGCAACGGCGGUCCCUCCCAUCGCGGCGGUGAUCGGGAGAGCCAUUACAAUAUUCACGAUGUACCACCACCACAGCCCCAGCACCGGGGCAACUACAAGGGCAACAACUAUAAUCCUAACUAUCACGCCCAGCACUCGUCCAUGUCGAACAGCUCCCAUCACCAUCACCACAACGCCCUGUCCUCGCAGCACCACCUGCCAGCGGGACAGCAGCAGGGCUCGAGUCACCAUUAUCACCACCAUCAUCACCACAAUUCCAUUGGCAGUAAUGUGGGGAACAGCGGAGGAGUGGGCGUCAGCAGUGGAGCUGCAGCCGCAGUCGCUGGAUCUGGGAACAACAGCGUGUCGGGUGGAAACGGCAAUGCCACCAAUGAGCGUGGCAUGCAUCACGUUUCCCUGGGCUAUCAGGGACACCAGCAUCAGCAACAACAACAACAGCAGCAGCAGCAGCAACAACAGCAGCAGCAACAGCAACAACAACAACAGCAGCCGGCAGCGCCAGUGCAACCGCCGCAGUUUGAUCUAGAGGCAACCGCCUUCCCACCACUGCCAGCCUCGUCGGCAUCGGUAAGCACGCCACACACUCCUCAGGCCAAUAGUGCGUCCGUGCACAACUCCAACUCGUCCUCCUCUGCGCCUGCCCUAACACAGAAACAAACUCUUCAUCAGCAGCAGCAGCUGAGCGGCAGCGUGGAGAGCACCGAGGAUCAGCGUUCAAGCAAUCAUCAGCAGGGCGAGAGUAGUCCUCAUCUGGCCAACAGUUCCGCUGUCUCUGCCGCUGCCAACAACUGGUCCGAGAACCGCCUCUCGGACGUUGUCCGCACUGGUGGGGGAGGGGCCGGUGCCGGUGGCGGUGGCGGUGGCGGAGGUAAGGGCAAGGCUCGCAAGGAGAUUGUCCAAAGCAAGCACCCACAGCCGCAGCCACAGCCGCAUUUGCCUCCCAACUUCCAACAGCAUCAGCGAAAUGUGCCGGUCAGUCCCACGCCAGCCGUGGAGUACGCGCCCAUCGAGGGCAACAAUACUAAAAACGUUACUAAGCAGAGCUCUAGUAGUAGUUCGACCCAUGUGAUAAAGUGUCUAACACCAAAUAUCAAUGCCAGCAGCAAGGACGAGGCAGCCGCCGCCGGAGUCGGGGUAGGAGCCGGACCUGGUGCUGCCCAGCAGCUGGAUAAAUCAAACAAGACUGAGGAUGAAAUGCAUCCAAAGCAGCCGCUGCUGCAGCAGAAUCCGCAGCAACGUCUGGCCGAAGCCUACGUCCAGACUAUGCAGCAGCAGCAGCAGCCGCCACCGCUGGCUGCCCACAACGAUUAUGCAAGGGGCGCGGAGGCAAUCACUGCCGUGCCCGCGGGCGCUGGCGCCUGCAGUGUGGCGACAGUUGCGACCGGUUUGACCGCCAGCCUGGCCGAGUGCAGCCUCAGCCAGCACAAGAAACCGCCCUCCGUUGCCGCCCUGCACGCCAAGAAGGAGGCAAGCCUGACCAAGGAUUCAGCCAGCAAGAAGAGCGUUGCCACCUCAACAUCGAACGAGAACAUUGCCGCCGCCACGGCAAGUAAGCUCAGUUACGCUCAGGUGGCCCAGCAUCACAAGGCCUCCACUGACAGCAAGGAUGGAAGUGCCUCCACAGGCACCCUCUCGCCCACUGGCAGCCAGAAAAUGGAUCUAGUCUUCGGCGAUCCCUCCACAAUCGCUGCCGCAGUGGAGAAAAGUGUGAUCGCCACCGAGAAGCGUGUAGCAGGAGGAGCCUCCCCGGUCGUCAAUGCUGUGCCGUCUGGCAAAGGGGCCAGCGGCAUACAGACAUUGAAUUCAGCUCAAGUCAGCAAUGCAGUCGGUGCCAAGGAGAAAGAUGCCCGCUCCCAUGCCUCUCCCAUGGGCGGUGGUGGUCGCCACCAGAGCAAGGAGAAACAACAACAACAACAACAUCAGCAACAUUACGGCUCUGGCACAGAGCACAAUACCAAUGCCAAUGUAGGCUCGGGGACCGGCGGCAACCGCAAGUCCAGAGCCCACAACAACUCUUAGGGGAAGGGAAAGUCGUUGCCAAAAGCGAGGCAACUGUGAGCGACCUUUGCAGGAUGCCUCUGAUAAUGCAUCUGCCUGUAUAUAUAUGAAAUUCCAUUUGUAAAUACCAGAACAAUUUUUGUUACAUCUAUAAGUGCUAUAGAUAUUUACCAGUUAACUAAGGAGGCAUACAAAAGCUUUUGCCGCUGCUCAACAGAGAAGAGGAAGAGGAGGAGACGAGGUGGUGGAGUAGCAGGCGGAGCUUGGACCAGUUAUCAUAUUAGUAGGCAAAGGAAUAAAGGAAUAAUGAAUGGUGCAUACCCCUUUCUCCAGCUAUUUACCUGCAUAUAUUUAUAUACGCAUAUAUAUAUGUAUAUGUAUAAUCAGUUAUCGUUUACUGUUGAUCUACGUCUUUACCUAAGAUUGAGGGGUACACCGUGGACUAGAGCAGAGAUGAUAUUUGCAGAAUAACGAACCGAGAGUAGAUGAAUAGAGAAUGGAGAGAGGAUAGUGGAUAGUGGAUAGAGAGGAUAAGUGUAGAGGAAGAUUUGAAUAUGCCUAAGCUAUGAUUACGAUUACCAUUAAUGAUUACCGAGUGAAUAAGUCUAAGUUUUGAUUUUAGUUAGCCAACUUGUAUCGAACGAUAAAACAGAGCAAAAGAAAGAUACACAUUGUAAACGAUUUUACUGAUAAAUUACUGAUGGAACUCAUGCAUCAUGAAUCAUACGUUACGUUGGUUUCGUUAUUAUCUACGUUUAGUAAUUCAUCAAUUUCAUUUAGCUUACACUCACAAACGACACACACCACACCACACACCACACGACAGCACACACACACGAUACACUCACAACAUCUAACUUAAUGUUUAUAGCCAAAACAGAAGUACACAGAUACGAGUAUAUGGCGUAUAUGUUAUCUAUAUACAUAGCUAUGUCUCCGCUAGUCCCACAAGUUAGGGUUACUUCUAUUAAUUAGAUACAUACGAGUAUACAUACAUAUAUAUAUAUAUUGAUAUAUUGUUUUGAACCAUUGUAACAUUUUAUCAGUUGGUCUUGUUUGAGCGAAUGGAUUAUAUUUUUUUGUACACAAA